GCGAUCAACAUCAUGGCUGCCAUGGAUGAAAAUUCCAACGCUGUUGUUCAGGGACUUGCUAGAUAUAUAAAUUGUUUAGGCGAGGACAACCGAAAUGUUCGCCGAAAUGCCUUGAUAAACAUAAAAAAAGAAACUGUUGAAAGAACACCACCAUUAGAUAUUCCAGUUCUUCAAGCAGUAUUUACUGAACUAUUAAAACCUUUACUCAAAUCAUUUUUUGAUCCAGUGGAAAAAUGUCGAGAACUUUCCUUGGAUCUCGUUUUUUCUUACUUAAAAUGUGUUCAGAAUCCAGAGGAUUACCUCUCUUAUACAAUACCAAUUUUAGUUCAACGUCUCGGACAACAAGAAAUAGUAGAGACAGCAGAAGAAAUAAGGGCACAACUCUUGGAGUUGCUUACAUUUCUAGUUGAGAAAAGUGGUGAGAAAUUUGGAAUUUACACAGAUGAUUGUGUAAAAAUUCUUCAAAGGACCAUAAAUGAUCCUUUUCCAGAGGUUAAAAAAGAAAGUUGCAAAUGUGCCUCACUGUUACCUGUAUCUUGCCCAAGACAUUUUUACAUGCAAUCAGAAAGCUUAGUAAAACCUUUACUAAUGUCAAUAACACACCAGCACUCAAGAGUAAGAAUAACUGUUGUUGAAACAAUAGGUACAGUAUUGAAGUGCAGCAAUGGAAAAGCUGUUGAAGAUGUAAUUCCACAUUUAGCACAGCGUCUUUUUGAUCAAACACCUGGAGUACGUAAAGCUGUUACACAAAUUGUGGGAGAUUGGUUAUUAGAUUUACCUGACAGAUAUUCCUAUCAUCACAAGCUUAUCCCACUCCUACUGACCAGUUUAUCUGAUGACCAGAAGGAUAUAGUUGAGCUGGCAGAAGGACUUUGGCAUGACAUAGGCCUGAAAUAUGAAAGAGAAAAUGAAAAUGACUUGAAAGAUAAACUAGAUUUUCAACGACCAUGUCCUAGUCAUUAUCCUCAAGGAGUGGACCGACCAAAUAUUGGCUGUAGAGAGCUUGUACAUCGUCAUUUGUCAAAGAUCCUGCCUGGUUUGGUGCGUGAUCUGGGAGACUGGGUUGUGGAAACACGCGUAAAAUGUGCCUCACUUCUGUACUGGCUACUGAUCAAUGCUGAGGAGUACACCACCCAGCAUAUUGAGCCUUUACUUAAUGGUUUAUAUAAAGCUUGCCUUGAUGAGGAGCCUAGAGUUGUUACUGAUGUUCAGAGAAGUGCUCAACUUGUGGGUUACUUUGUCAAACCUGAGAUUUGGAAGAAAAUUCUUCUGACAGGGCUUCAACAAUCUCUUUCAUAUGGUGUUGUCAUGACCAUGGCUGCCAUUGUGAGAGGCACGCCCAAAACAGCUCUUUUGCCACACCAAGUGGAUCUGAUUAAUGCACUCAUUAACCCAGAUGUCUCCCACACAAUAGAAGCAAAGAUGCAUACCCAGAUGCUCAACUUCUGCCAGUCGAUGUUAACCCUUAUGGGAGCAGAUAUUAAGGAGAUCAGCCAGCAGAUGUUUAACCUCAUGCUGACUGUUAUUGCCUUGACACAAAGUAGUGAUGUGGUUGGGCAGGCCAAUAUUUGCUUAGAACAGCUGGCCACAGCACAGAACCUAACUGGCAAAGUACAGCUUUUUGAGAACCAUACCAAGCCACUUCUUGACUCAUUUGGUGAUGGUAUAAAUAUGUGGACCAACUAUUCUAUUGAACGCCAGAUUUUUGAUGCUCUGCUUAUUGAAGCUGGUCCAGUUGUUGGCCGCCAUCUUGAUGACAUCAUCCCCAUCAUAGUCACCAACUUACAACCAGAGAAAGACACAGAGCUAAGGCUCAAGUUUUUCUCUCUGCUCUCUCGUCUAGUACUGGCAGCUCCAACAACUUUAGACUCAGAGAAAAAAUUUGCAGAUUUUGCCACCAUAGUUGUCAGGGAUAUGAUCCUUCCCAAUUGUGUCUGGAAGGCUGGCCGGACAGCAGGAGCCAUCCGUACCACAGCUGUCAGCUGUUUCUGGGCUUUGCUGCAGAGUGGAAUCUUGACUAAAGAAAAGAUGGAGCCUGUAGUAGAGUCAGCCAUGACCCAACUCAUUUCCUUGAUUGAAGAUGACAACAAAAGCACGAGGCUGGUUGCCUGUCGUGUGAUGACUCGCACAUUUGACCUGAUGGGGACAAGUCUAGGUCAAGACAGGCUGCAUAAUAUGUAUCCUGAGCUGCUGAAGCGUCUAGAUGACAGCAGUGAUGAGAUCAGAAUGACAACAACCCGCACACUGCUGGCCUACUUUGACUGCUUUGAAGGAGGUUAUGAUGUUAGCCUGUACCGUGCCCACUUAGAGGCAAUCUAUCGUGGCUUGUUGGUUCAUUUAGAUGAUCCAGAGAGUAAAAUACAGGAGGCUGUGCUGGAAGUGUUAAAGAAAGCUGCAGAGCUUGCUCCACAUAUGAUAAUUCAAGAAGUUGAGAGCGUCAAGCACAAACAUCGGCACACUAAAUACUGUGAUGAGCUCAUUCAGUUUGCUCAGAGUUUCAGCAGCCAAAAAGUUAAUGGCCAUUGAAAAAAUGUUUUGUUCAAGCUAAAUAAUGCAUGUUUUAAACACAAACUGCCAAUUUAAGAUUCUCAGUUAAGCUAUAAUAAGAUGGGAGUAUGAGUGAUUUGGAUACAGAGUAGUUUCUCAAAGCUCUGGAAAUAUAUUUACAAUUCCAGUUGUAUAAUACUGUGUUCAGAGUUUUUUGAUCCGAAUGAUUUUUUGAAUGCUGGUUUUAAUUUGUAUUAAUUUUACUAUGCAGAUUGUUUUGACAACAAUAUUCAAAUGUAUUUUAAAAUUUGUUUUUCUGUGAAAUAUUAAAUUAUAAAAUAUGGCAGUUUUAAUAAUUUUUUAAUA